AUGUUAAAGCAUCCAACGCAAAAGCUAAACAAGUUAGUGGAGAGGUUCCUCAACAAAGCCCUGCUUGCUCCAAAUGGCUCAAAGGAAGAUGGGAAGGUAUGCAGCCUCGGUGAUGUUGAAGAAGCAAAGGCAGUACUUAGGCUUGUUCCAAUAUGGACUACGUGCUUGGUAUUUGCUAUAGCGUUUGCACAAAUCCCAACUUUCUUUACCAAGCAAGGAGUUACUAUGGAUAGAUCGAUUUCACCUGGUUUCGACUUGCCAGCGGCAUCACUUCAAUCCCUUAUUAGCCUCUCCAUUGUACUCUUCAUUCCAAUCUAUGACCGUGUCUUUGUUUCUAUAGCAAGAGCUUUAACUAGAAAACCCUCUGGCAUUACAAUGCUUCAAAGAAUUGGAACUGGCAUUUUUGUAUCUGUUGUGGCUAUGACUGUUGCUGCUCUCGUUGAGAUGAAGAGGCUUAAAACUGCCGAAGAACAUGGACUAGUUGAUCUGCCAAAUGUAACGAUUCCAAUGAGCGUUUGGUGGUUAAUUCCUCAAUAUGUCUUGUUUGGAGUUGCUGAAGCGUUCACCAUGGUUGGCCUGCAAGAAUUUUUCUAUGAUCAGGUCCCCAGUGACUUGAGGAGUGUUGGUCUUUCACUCUACCUUAGCAUCUUUGGUAUUGGAAGCUUUCUAAGCAGUUUUCUUAUCUCUUUCAUUGAGAAAGCAACUGGUGGGGAUGGCCGAUAUAGCUGUGAAGGUGUGGAAGUCGCAGAGAGGUUUGCUUAUUAUGGGAUCUCUUCCAACUUAAUAACUUAUUUAACUGGUCCCUUGGGCCAGUCAACGGUUACUGCAGCGGAGAAUGUGAACAUAUGGUCGGGGACAGGGUCGUUGCUGCCCUUGUUAGGCGCAUUUGUUGCUGAUUCUUUUCUUGGCAGAUACAGGACUGUCCUUGCCUCAAAGCUCAAUCUUUGCAAGAAUCAACCGAACUAUUCGGCAGGAAUUGAGAUAGUUGUGGCCAAAGUUCAGAAAUUUCCUACGAUACUUCAUACUGGUUGCGCACUUGGCCACGGUGGGCGCAAGCCUUGUAUCCAGGCUUUUGGAGCAGAUCAAUUUGAUAGACAAGACACCGAGGAGUGCAAAGCCAAAGGCUCAUUCUUCAAUUGGUGGUACUUUUUUAUGUGUUCAGGCGUCCUAGCAUCGCAACUGAUCUUAACCUACAUUCAAGACAAUCUUAGUUGGAGUCUAGGAUUUGGUAUCCCAUGCAUUCUGAUGAUUUGUGCACUGAUCAUCUUCUUACUGGGAUCUAGGACAUAUCGGUAUAGUGUUAAAACGGAAGAGAACACUGCAUUUUUUAGAAUUGGUCAGGUCUUUGUUGCAGCUUUCAGGAAUUGGCGAAUAACUCCCUCUGUGAUAGCUUCUGAGGAAGAAGGUCACAGAACUAUACCUCACCAAAGCUAUGAGCAGUUCAAGUUCCUAAACAAUGCGCUGCUUUCAACCUAUGACUCCAAAGAAGAUCAGAAGGUGUGUACCCUUAGUGAGGUUGAAGAAGCUAAGACAGUGCUCAGGCUUAUUCCAGUAUGGAUUACAUGCUUGGGAUAUGCUGUUGUGUUUGCACAGUCCUCAACUUUCUUUGUUAAGCAAGCAUCAACCAUGGAUAGAUCAAUUUCACCAAGUUUUGAGUUACCAUCGGCUUCACUUGCAAGCUUCUGCAGCAUUUCCAGGAUCCUCUUUAUUGCAAUCUAUGACCGUCUCUUUGUUCCUGUUGCAAGAGCUUUAACAAGGAAACCAUCUGGCAUUACAAUGCUUCAAAGAAUUGGAACUGGAAUGUUUUUAUCUGCUGUUUCGAUAGCAGUUGCUGCUCUAGUUGAGAUGAAAAGGCUCGAGAUUGCUCAAGAAUAUGGUCUAGUCAAUGAACCAAAUGUGACAGUUCCAAUGAGUGUUUGGUGGUUAGUUCCUUCAUAUGUCUUGUUCGGAGUUGCUGAUGCUUUUACCAUGGUUGGUCUGCAGGAGCUCUUCUAUGAUCAGGUCCCUAGUGAUUUAAGGAGUGUUGGUCUUUCACUCUACCUCAGUAUCUUAGGUGCAGGAAAAUUUCUAAGCAGCUUUCUCAUCUCUGCCAUUGAGAGAUUGACUGGUGGAAAUGGCCGUUAUAGCUGGUUUGACAAUAAUUUGAAUCGGGCACAUCUUGAUUAUUUUUAUUGGAUACUUGCUGCGCUAAGUGCAGUGCAAUUGGUUAUGUACAUGUAUUAUGCAAAAUCUUACAUUUAUAGUAGGGGUGGGAGAAUCUAA